AUGGUUCUACGCAUUAAAAGCGCCUUCGCACCCGCAUUCUCUGAAGUCCACAAUUUUAACUCUUCAACGGUCCACACGAUCGCGCUUCCACCCUCCCUCCUUUCUCGCCUCCUGUUUAUCCUCUCCCCUAGCCCCCUUGGGCCCCAGUACACCCCCUACCUCACCCUUUUCCACGACAUCCUCGCUCUACUGAUCUUGUACAACACCAUUCAGGCUGUCCGCCACCUCCGUCGUCUCCAAUGGCACACACUGAACUCGCGUGUAAAAGGUGUCGUCUUUAACGCCAUACGGCAGGCGGGGCCCGUGCGAAGAAAACUGGAGGCAGAGACGCGUGCUCUGGAGGCCUCCCUGGAGCGUUCGCUGAGGCCCCCAGGCUGGAACAAGGGCAGUUACACGGGGGGAGGGAGGCGUUCCCUGCCCACGGAAGGGCUGGCGGCCGAGGCUCUCCUCCGGGAGAUGGAGGGCUUCGUGGCCAAAGAGGAGAGGAAGUGGAAGGACGGGUGGGUGUCCGGGGCGGUCUAUGGGGGAGAGGAGGCAGUGGGGAACUUGAUGGGCCGCGCGGUUGCCUUGUACGCCUUGGCAAACCCCCUGCACCCCGACCUGUGGCCGAGCGUGAUGAAGUUCGAGAGCGAGGUGUGCGGGAUGGUCUGCCGGCUCGUGGACGGGGGGGACCCGGACGUGGUGGGGUGUUUGACGUCAGGCGGGACGGAAUCGAUCCUCUUGGCCGUCAAGGCGAGCCGAGACCGGGCCUGGGCGGAGAAGGGGGUCGGAAAGGCGGAGGGGGAGAUUGUCGCCUGCGUCUCUGCCCACGCGGCGGUGCACAAAGCCGCGGACCUGAUGGGAUUGCGCCUCAUCCUCGUGCCCAUGGACCAGACCACCUACCAACUAGACCUGAGCGCCAUGGAGGCUGCGAUCACCGCCUCCACCGUCCUGCUCUACGCGAGUGCGCCCACAUUUGCUCAGGGCGCGAUCGACGACGUUGCCGGAGUCUCCCGCCUGGGCGGGAAGUACGGGGUCAGCGUGCACGUGGACUGUUGCCUGGGGGGGUUCAUCCUUCCCUUUGCCCGCCGCGCCGGUUUUUCCGACCUCCCCACCGUCGAUUUUGCACUGCCCGGAGUCACCUCCAUGAGCAUCGACACCCAUAAGUACGGCUACGCGGCCAAAGGCACCUCGGUGCUCUGUUACCGGAGCAAGGCCGUGCGUCGCUACCAGUACUUCUGCUUCCCGUCCUGGACAGGGGGUCUGUACGUGACACCAACCCUGGCAGGAUCGCGCCCUGGGGCUUUGAGUGCCGCCUGUUGGGCAGCCCUGAUGCAUGUGGGGGAAUCUGGAUACAUAGAGCGGGCUGGAGCGGUCUUGCGCACCGCCAGAAGGAUCGCGCAGGGUGUGCGGGAAGGAAUCCCAGGCAUCCGCUUGUUGGGCACGGCCCCGGCGAUGAUCGUUUGCGUGGGAGGAACGAAUGGCUUGGAUAUCUACGGUGUCGGUGACCGCAUGAGUAAAAAGGGAUGGAAUCUGAACAGUUUGCAGUCUCCACCCGGGCUGCAUCUCUGCUGCACUCUGCGGCACGUGGGGCGGGAGGAAAGCUUCAUACAGGACUUGAGAGAGGCAGCUGGCGAGGCUCUUGAAGAGAUAAGAGAGGGAAAGACGGAGAAAGAUAAGGGCUCGAUAAAGGGGAAUGCGGCCAUUUACGGCAUGGCGGCCACUUUGCCGGCUGGUCCCGUGAAUGAAAUGCUGGGAACAUACACAGACUGCGUGUUGAAAUCGUGA